AGUGGGAAGAAUGCCCCUUACAUUGGAGGUCAGUGGGAAGAAUGCUCCUUACAUUGGAGGUCAGUGGGAAGAAUGCUCCUUACAUUGGAGGUCAGUGGCAAGAAUGCCCCUUACAUUGGAGGUCAGUGGGAAGAAAGUCCCUUACAUUGGAGGUCAGUGGGAAAAAUGUUCCUUACAUUGGAGGUCAGUGGAAAGAAUCUUCCUUACAUUGGUGAUUAGUGGGAAGAAUGACCCUUACAUUGAUGAUCAGUGGGAAGAAUGCUUCUUACAUUGGUGGCCAGUGAGAAGAAUGCUCCCUAUAUUGGUGGUCAGUGGGAAGAAUGCUCCUUACAUUGGU